AACAUGAAUGCACGUAAUGCAAAUCAGACUAUCACAUGUUGCUAUGCUCAUACACGGAUGGAUCUCGUACAUCUUGAUACUAGGGUCAGUGAACCGCUCGGGUCAACUCGAUGAAAUCUUGGUACAUCUUGAAACUGGUGCAUCGAUAAACCGCUCGGGUCGACUUGAUGAAAGGAACAUACAUUUUGAUUGGGUCUUCACUUCGUACCUUCGUAUUUGUCAGAAAGAUACGAAGGUACCUUCGAAGGCUGGUGAUGACUGACCCAUCGCGGCCCCCGCUCGCCCUGCCCGUUGCAGCCCCCCGGGCAGCCGCGCGGUGGCCUCCAGCGCCUCGUACGGCCCGCUCGCGCGUGCUCGCCGUCCUUGGGGGCGACAUUGGCUAUUUCAGCAUGUUUGUCUUCAACGCAUGCUGCCGGGCCGCGGCGCGAAGUGUCCUGCUUGUGAUUUGGGACGAGGAACGCCAGUGACGAAGUCACAUUUAGUACCACAUCCCACCCCAACUUUUUUCGACCUGUGUUUCAUUAUUUAUUCGUCUUCUGAUUGGUCGAGAGCUCGAUCAUUUGCAAAAGUCAUAGACUAAACAACCGUACGGUCGUCGUUUGGUACUUUAUGCGACUAACAAAACUAAGCGACGCCUUCCGUGUCUUUCGACGACGACUGCUCUGCGUGACGUCGUAUCGUUGCGCUUGGCGUGCACGUAGUCGUCGUCCUCACGUGACGCCACUUGUAAACAAAGAGUGGACGCCAAAGCGUCUUCCGAUGAGGCGGUGAUAGACGUCGAAGUUGACCGAUGUAUCGAUGAAAAUUCAGCUUCAAACCAUAUAU